UUGUAUGGAUGGGCUAUUAGAUUGGCUAUAGAUGAAUUGGAGCUAGUAGUUAGCUAUACUAUUAAACUUGCUCUUAGGCGUGCAAAAUGGUACAUUAAAAAAAUAUAUUAAAAGCGUAGCAAAAGGGCAAAAUGGUAAAGUGAUGCUGACCGUUGACUUGUCAGGUUGGCCGUUCGUGGGCUCGUGGCGUCUCUCCUAACCUUCGAUUUCGAUUUAUUAGUUGAGAAAUCACCACCCACACCCUCCCCACACCCACCCCCGCCAUUUCUUGAGAUUUCCUUCCUCUCUCUCUCGCGCGCGCACCCCGCAGAUCCAGCAUCGCCAUGGCCGCCGCCUCCCCUCCACUCCUCCCCACCACCGUCCUCCCCGCCAACACCACCGCCACCGUCUCCCCUGCCCCCACCUCCGUCUCCUCCGCCGAUGCCAAGCCUGCCGCCACGCGCGCCUUCCUCGCCCGCCUCCUCGACUCCGUCAAGCGCGCGCUCUCCGGGGCCCGCCCCUGGCCGGAGCUCAUCGACCGCAGCGCCCUCUCCCACUCGGAAUCCCUCUCCGACUCCGGCGCCCGCCUCCGCAAGAACCUCGCCUACUUCCGUGUCAACUACGCCGCCAUCGUCGCCCUCUCCCUCGCCGCGUCCCUCCUCGCCCACCCCUUCUCCCUUGCCGCGCUCCUCGCCCUCCUCGCCGCCUGGUGCUUCCUCUACCUCCUCCGCCCCUCCGACGCGCCCCCGCUCGCCGCCUUCGGACGCACCUUCUCCGACAGGGAGACCCUCGGGGGACUCAUCGUCGCAUCCGCCUUCGUCAUCUUCCUCACCUCCGUCGGAUCCCUCAUCUUCUCCGCGCUCGCCCUCGGCGCCGCCAUCGUCUGCGCGCACGGCGCAUUCCGCAUCCCGGAGGACCUCUUCCUCGACGAGCCAGACCAGGCCAACGGCGCCGCCUCCGUCAACCUGCUCUCCUUCAUCACCAGCGCCACCGGAGGCCGCGUCUGAUGACAAUCUUCCUCCUUGCGCAUUCCAAGCAAAGGUCAUGAUUCUUUUUAUAUUAUACCUAUGAAACAAACACUAUCAUUUAUUCAUAUGGUGAUCGAUGUAGAACAAAAAAAAAUUAGGGGAGAAUGAUACUGCUAUACGAUACAUAUAAGAAUUUGUCGAUGAUCUAGUUUUGUUUCCUUUUGCAUUUUUUGAUAUAUGAGAAACUUGAGAGCAAGAAGAGUAUUUAUUGAUGCUGAUAUUAGUCAUCAAUCAAUCCUGCCACAAUGUUAUUGGUUCUCUUAUAAAAUUCACAAAUUUGUUUUGGUCUGAUGGAUGAUUCAUAAGCCAUCUCAUUAUGUAAAGAUGAUAUACAUUAAUCAAAUGUUGUUGGAUAUGAUAUUUUGCAUCUUCAUUUGAACAUUAUACAAGGAUGAGAUUUCGUUUGCCUGCUUGUCGGUGGAUAUUAUGCCAACCUAAACGGCUAAGAGCUCCUGCUGGCGGUAAACGUUAAUCUCAUGGAUACUGCACAGAAAACUUUAAAUUAGGAUUAGGAAUUUGGCGUGUUCAGUUGGGUGGGAUCAGGAAUCAUUGUUGACGAAGGGGAUAGAUAGCUCAGGGAACUCAUGAGGCCUUGCAUACAGCAGCCACACAGACACAGACUUACAUCUUUAGCCAGGUCUGUUGGCAAACCCAUUUCAAAAGAAGAUUGGGGAAUGGAUUCUAAUCCCUUAAUAGUUAUAAAAACAGUUAUAUCUUUUUUUAAACAAAAGACAUCUAGCACUUCACCAAAAAUCAAAUUCAACUUCAACCUAUACAUUAAGGGGGAAAAAGACAAAU